GAGCUCUUAUUUUUGUUGGAUUAAUCCGUUCGCAGUAAGAGCAAACUCAAAUCUCGCAAAAGGAGUUUAAAUAUUAUUUUUACAACGCUGCUAGAUUCAAUCAACCAAUUAGCAAUCAACUGUAAACGUUUUGCUCAUCUGCGGCCGCCGUCAGAAUGUCUCGGAAGGAAAUCAUCGGAAAACACCGUUGAUCGGUGUCGGCUCCGGCAAGAUUGAAGGCAUCUUCACGGCAGUCCUGCAAAUGCAUUUACGGACUGUAUUAUUCACUUCCCAAUGUUGUAAUUGAAUUGAUAGACUUGCUCAAAGUGUACUGUUAAAAUUACUAUUUCAAGGUUGUUAGAUAAAUGCCCCUGUGCAAAGCACCAUCUGAAACAUCACGAUGAGUCAACCUCCACAUCAUUCCGACGCACAUCGCAAUAAUCGUAGCUAUAGGGCGGUGCCUCGACGACCAUCGUACAGUGGAGCAUCUAAUAACUCUACAAGACCUCCUCUAUGCCAGGGUUACGGAGCCGAAAGCUACUCUAAUAUUCCGCAUCGGCCGUAUCCACCAUACCAGCCUGAUUCGCAAAACGAACGGUAUCGCAAUGUCUAUCCUCAACCACCACCAAACUUCAGACGCAACGGACCUUCGAGUGUCGCAUCGGCCGGACCGUCAGGGGAGUUCCACUCCGCCGGACGAAAUUAUUCCCUUCCGCAAGGCGUACCACAUUCAACACCACCGGGUGCACGGACUCAUCUGGAACCGUAUAGGCGCUCGGCGUAUGCGGCGGGUGCUGGGGAUAGAAUGUUUCCUGGCAUACGUGCCAAACGACCCUCUUCCUACCCGGGCCAUUCUGCUUCGGUAGCUCCUCCCAGUACUCCUAACUUCGGCACUCAUGUGGCACGCAUUUCUCGCUUUAAAGUGGAUACGGAGCGUGCUCGAAUUCUUUCCAAGUGGCGCCGUAAUUUCUGCGAAACGUCGGAGGAUAUUGCCAGACAGUUGGCGGAAAUGACUAACGAUGAGGAACACACUGGGUGGGUGCGGUCGUCUCCAGCCGAGCAAUACUACAAGCGCGUUUCGGACCGUAUCGUCGAAUCAACGGUACGGCUCGACAAGCUCUGCCAGCUAUUCGAUCAACAACUUGUGCAGAGGGCCGCCCGAGUGAAGGCAACUCAGUCGACGUACGAGCCGCCACCUCGUCGCCGUAAGAUGAAAAUGUGUCGUCACAAGCACGACAAGUGCUCGUCCUCGUCGGAAACAUCGGAUGAGGACGAGUUGGAGUACGAGAACGAAUGCAGCAUGGAGGAGCUAACCGCUAAAAUCCGGCACCCGUUGCGUCUUCACGUCGACUUGUGGUAUAACGAUCCCGGCGAGAUGAAUGACGGACCACUGUGUCGCUGUUCGGCACGGUCGCGCCGCACUGGGAUCCGGCACGGCAAAUAUCCCGGGGAGCACGGUUUCCCCAAGUGUAUCCCGAACUCCAACAAUGCCGACAAACUGCACCAUUACCGCAUCACGAUCUCGCCACCAACUAAUUUUCUCACCAAAACACCAACUAUCAUCAAACACGAUAAGCACGAGUUCCUUUUCGAAGGGUUUUCACUACUAUCGCACCAGCCGAUUGGUGAGCUGCCGACCUGCAAGGUGAUCCGGUUUAACAUCGAGUACACGAUAUUGUAUAUUGAAGAGCCGAUGCCUGAGAAUUUUACAAUCCGUGAGCUGGACCUAUUCGAGCAGUACCUAUUCCGUGAGUUGCUUGAGCUUGUUGACUUCAAUGUGCAGCCCUCGGGAGCAGAUACGUCCUCUUCUUGUUCCUGCUAUCACUUUCUGCCACGCUUUGUGCGUGACUUACCGGACAACGGUAAGGAAGUGUUGGCGAUGAGCGAAGUUCUGCGAUAUCUGCUCGAUAACUCGGGGCCGCUCGUACAACCGGAGUUGCUAGGUGAAAUGAUGGCGAUGGAGCAGAGCGAAUGGCAGGAUUACGUCGACUACGUAAAGGGGAUGGUUGUGACAAACCCGGGUAUGAAGCCAUGUUCUGUGCGGGUCGAUCAGCUUGAUCGCAACAAUGGUGACGUACCGGAGGCAGCGGCAUUGGAUGCGAAUGGGCGUCUGCAUCCCGUGAUAGUGCACUUUGGCAUCCGGCCGCCGCAGCUAAGCUACGCAGGCAACCCCGAAUAUCAGAAGGCGUGGCGAGAGUACAUUAAGAACCGGCAUCUAGUCGCUAACAUGUCAAAGCCAUCGUUUGAGGACAAGCGCAAGCUGGAGGCGAAGGAGAACCGGCUGCUCGAGAUGCGCAUGCAGGGGCGCAUGAAGCGUAACAUCACAAUUGCGGUCAGCGCCAAAUCCUUUCGUCGGACCGGCAUUAUGUGUGACAUCGUGCAGCACGCAAUGCUGAUCCCAGUGCUGACUGGACACUUGCGUUUCCAUCGGUCGCUGGACAUGCUCGAGAAGCACAUCGAUUAUCGCUUCACCAAUCGCUAUACGCUACAGUUGGCACUCACGCAUCCCUCGUACAAGGAAAACUUUGGCACGAAUCCGGACCACGCGCGCAACAGUCUCACUAACUGUGGUAUCCGGCAGCCGGAAUACGGAGACCGCAAGAUUCAUUAUAUGAACACUCGCAAGCGUGGUAUCAACACACUGAUCAGUAUUAUGUCGCGGUUCGGCAAGGAACACGAAACCGAUAGCAACAUAACCCACAACGAGCGCCUCGAGUUUCUUGGUGACGCUGUCGUCGAGUUCAUCACUUCGAUUCAUCUGUUUCACAUGUUCCCCGAUCUAGAAGAAGGUGGGCUAGCUACAUACCGGGCUGCGAUCGUGCAAAACCAGCACCUUGCCGUGCUGGCCAAGAAGUUGCAUCUGGAGGAGUUCAUGCUGUAUGCGCACGGAUCAGAUCUGUGCCACGAGCUCGAGCUUCGUCACGCCCUGGCGAACUGCUUUGAAGCGCUUAUGGGAGCACUGCUGUUAGACGGUGGUAUCGCUGUGGCCGACCGUGUGUUCGCCUACGCUCUUUUCGGCCCGGACGAACCGAAGCUGCAUGAGAUUUGGACCAACUAUCCCCGGCACCCACUACAAGAGCAAGAACCGAAUGGGGAUCGACAUCAUAUUGAGUCGUUCGAGAUGCUGAAAACGUUAACACGCUUCGAGGACUCGAUCGGUGUUAAGUUUAGUCACAUACGCUUGCUAGCGCGCGCGUUCACCGAUCGAUCGAUGGGUUUCACUAAUCUGACCCUCGGCUCAAAUCAGCGACUUGAGUUCCUUGGCGACACGGUGCUGCAACUGAUUUGCUCCGAGUACUUGUACCGUCAUUUUCCCGAGCACCACGAGGGUCAUCUGUCGCUGCUGCGCAGCUCGCUGGUCAACAACCGGACGCAGGCGGUAGUAUGCGACGAUCUGGGCAUGACCCAAUACGCUGUCUACUCGAAUCCCAAGGCCGAACUGAAAACGAAGGAUCGGGCCGAUUUGCUGGAGGCUUUCCUUGGCGCACUGUACGUCGACAAAGGGUUAGUGUACUGCGAGAAGUUCUGCCAGGUUUGUCUGUUCCCGCGGUUGCAGGAUUUCAUCAUGAACCAAGACUGGAAUGAUCCUAAGUCGAAGCUGCAACAAUGCUGCCUAACACUCCGCACUAUGGACGGUGGAGAACCGGACAUACCGCUCUACAAGGUGAUCGAGUGUACCGGUCCUACGAACACGCGCGUCUAUUCGGUGGCAGUCUACUUCCGUGGCAAACGGUUGGCGUGUGCGAACGGACACAGCAUCCAGCAGGCAGAAAUGAAUGCAGCCAGACAGGCUCUCGAAAAGUCCAAAGAUCUGUUCCCGCAGCUCGAUCACCAGAAGCGCGUCAUUGCGCAGAGCCUGCGGCGCCAGAAAAUGCCACGGCCCCCGGGCACUGGUGGAUCGGUAACGCAAAUGAAGGGAAACGAUGGAAGUAAAGGCGCUGGCAAGUGUCUGGAUAAUGGGGAUGAUCGACUGAAUCAGAACGGGUUUGACAGCGAGCCUGUAGACGGAGACACUGAAGAAAGACAGCGGGCCCGAAAAAAGGCAGCCAUGUUUGGGACCGAUUCUGAUUCCCUUCCAAAGCAGUACCAGAUUAAUCGAAACAGUCAAAACUGGAGUAGCAGCAGCAGUAGUAGUAGCAGCAGCAGCAGUAGCAGCAGCAACGACAGCGAUGAUAGCAGUUCCAAUUCCGGUUCCGGUUCCUCUAGCAACAAUUCCAAAGCGAUCAAAUCAAAACGCAAGCGGUCUUCAAUUGAUAAAAAACGACGGUCGGCAAGUGAGCGCUUAGAUUCCGCGCGUGACGAGGAUAGGCCGCCUGACGAACUGACUAUGAACGUGGUAGGGUCGCUCAUUCCGAUUGCUAGUGAGCAGCAUCAGGUUCCCGAGAACAAUCGCUAUGAUUCUGUGUCGGAUGACGACGAUCUUGGAUUGGAGGAUAUCUCGAACAGUUCCGCUGAGGCAGUGGCAGAUUUUGAAAACGAAAAGAAAGAAGUAAGAGGUCUGAUUGUUACGCCGAAGAAUUGCGGAAUCAUAGAAGGAACGGACGAUCUAUCAUCGGACUCGGCUGAGUAAAUUUUUAAAAUUUCAGAGUCCAAACCAAGGACGAAACCAAAAUCGAAUUCAAGAAAACAUUUAUUGGAAUGUACACAAGUUAACUUUUAAGUUAACAAACGCUUGUUGUCAAACAAAUCAAUU